UCGAUCUCUCAAGUGUUCCACACGCGAGAGCGUGUUUAUUUCCGGUCUAAUUGCCGCAGCGUAAAAACUUGUUUAAACUUGUUGAUACACAACCUGUGAUUUUUUGAAAAAUAUCUUGGAAUUAUUUUCAAAGAACACAUUAAGGGAAUCAUUUAUUAAUUGGAGAAUGCCAAAUUAACAUAAUAUACGUUUUGUAACAUUUGGUCUGUUCUUUUCAGCUGCACUGCUGAACUGCAGGAAUAAGUUAAAGUGAGACAAGUAUAUGUUUUCUCACUCUAACUUAUUGCAUCUGUUUAGCAAUGCUAAAAAGAACAGAUCAAUUGAGUAGCAGAGAUACCUGCAGCUAUAUAUUGAGGUAGAAAGAGACAGAGAGGGAAAGAGAGAGAGCGAGAACGUGUCAACAAGUAGUUACGCCACGUUAGGUUAGGUUAGAGUUAGGGUUUAAAGUUCCGGCUUAACUAUCGGAAUAUAUACCGUUACGUUAAGAUAUGUUCGAACAUGUUCGGACUUGCGAUUGUUUAAGAAACGUAUCUUUUGGUAUAUUGGUGAAAGUGCCGUAAAGAAAGGUCUGAAUCCAAGUAAAAUAACUAGAGACAAGAGAAAGAGAGAGACAAGAGUUAGGUUAUGUUCGCCGGAAUUGUGCUACAGUUUAGCGUUACUUGAACAUGAUAUCGGGACAUAAUAUCAGAUAAUUUUUGAUAACGCUUUACCAAAUAAUCGUCUCGUCAAGUGAUCACAUCGAUUUGUACGUGCGUGCAAGAAAAAUCCAACAAACCUCCGACAAUGAUGGACGACCAAGCGUGUCCACGAUGCAAGACCACCAAAUACCGAAAUCCGUCGCUGAAGAUGAUGGUCAACGUCUGUGGCCAUGCAUUGUGCGAAAGCUGCGUGGAUUUACUGUUUCUCAAAGGAUCUGGAUCCUGCCCAGAAUGCAAGAUUCCUCUGAGGAGAACAAACUUCAGAGUGCAGUUGUUUGAGGAUCCCAUGGUGGAGAAGGAGGUGAACAUAAGAAAGCGCAUCCUACGAGACUACAACAAGAAGCAGGAGGACUUUGCGACAUUGAACGAGUACAACGAUUAUCUAGAGGAGAUUGAGCACGUAAUAUACAACUUGGCAAACAACAUCGACGUGGCCGAGACUAACAAGAGGAUAGAGCAGUACAAGAAGGACAACAAGGAGCAGAUAGCGAAGAGUAAGUCUAAACUGGGCAGGAGCGAGUAUGAAUUGGAAGAGAUGCUGGAACUGGAGAAGCAAAAAGACGAAGAGAGGAGGAUAGAGCUCAUUCGCCAGGAGGCCGAGGCCAAGAAGAAGAAGAUUCGCGAGAAGGAGGCCCUGAUAGACGAGCUCAUGUUCUCGGAGGGGAACGCGAAGAUUAUCGUCAAGUCGUUCGCGAGCGCGAUGCAGUCGUCCAAGAAGGACGCCAAAUCCGCCAACACCGCCGUGCGAGCCACCCAGUUCAGCACGGGCAUCAAGUUCGGCAAUCAGGGCGGUCAGAAUUAUCUGUCGGUGCCAAAGAUUGAGGAGGGACCGCUUUACGCUUAUACACCGAUCCGGCAACAGACCGAAGGUCCAUCACCGCCGGGCUGGCGGGAAUUGCAGUCUCGCGGAUACGUCACAAACAUACGCAAUGAGUCCCAGUCUGAAAGAGCUGGUGGAUUCAAGGCGCAUGUCGCGUGUCUGCGAGCGCUGCAGGAAGCGAUGGCGGGCCUGUAUCAUAAUCCUUCGCAGCGCCAGGCAGAAUUCGACGCCGUAUGACCGCGUAAAUUAUCUCUGCGCACGAUCCCAACCGUGACCUCGAGCAUCUUCUUGUUCCGUCUUUCUCCGCGCGAUUGUGUCGACCGUUCGGCGGUGGAAACUAAUUUAAGGAUUCGAACAGACGAACCACUUUGCGGUGCCACAGACCCGUGCAGAUGGGCUGCUUUGUCGCGCCACGAAGAAACGUUUCAGAGUAAUGUGUAUACAUAACAAACCUACUUUUUUCUAAAAAAAAAAAAGGUAAAAAAGGACGCCAAGUGUAUGCGCUUUCUCGUAUAAAUAAAUAUCAUAAAAAAAGUUAUUGGUAAAAUUCUUACAAAAAGAAAUAGUAUCAAAUGGUUUAUAUCAAGUGAAAUUAAUUUUAUACACAAUAAAUAUUAUUAUAACUACUUUGUAUGUAUGAACACUACAUUAAGUAUCUACUGACUUUAUUUUUUUAUAAUUACACAAAAAAUAAUUUUUAAAAGCUUAUUUAGUAAACGUACAAAAUAAAAAUUUUGGGAAAAGUUAAAUAAAAUUUCACACGCACACACAAAACACUUGGCGUGCCAGAGAGGAUCGCAUUAAUACUUUUAAUGCUUUACGAAAAUCUUUGUAUUUGAACAUAUAUUGUACGAGUAGCAUUAAAAGAAUGGGCACGCUAAGUAUUUUGUGUAUGUGUGAAAUUUUACCCUGGCAUGCCAAGUGCGUGUUUUCUGUGUGCGUGUGAAAUUUUAUUUAACUUUUUCCAAAAUUUUUAUUUUGGUAUGUUUACUAAAUAAACUUUUAAACAUUAUUUUUUCCCACUUCUAUAUUAUCAGAAAAUAAAGUCAGUAGAUAUUUAAUGUAGUGUUUAUACAUACAAAGUAAUUAUAAUAAUAUUUAUUGUUAUGAAAUUAAUUUCACUUGGCGUAAACCGUCUGAUAUCAUUUCUUUUUGUGAGAAUUUUACCAAUAACUUUUUUUAUAAUAUUUAUUUAUACGAGAAAGCGCAUGCACUUGCCGCCUUUUUUUACCUUUUUUUUUUUUAGUAAAAGGUACGUAGGUUACGAUAUUACACCUUUUUCUCGAAAAUAAUUAAUAAAUAUCUAUUGUACACAAAUAUGACAUAAAAUGCAUCAAUAAAUUGAUACAGAUAGAUGAGAUUAAA